ACCUGGUUAAGUGGGACCUGGAUAAGUGAGAAACCUCUAUUAUUAAGAGUUGCAAUGAGGUCCCGGUUCUUUUUCAUUAAAUUACCUCUGUUAAUGGGACUUUUUGAAACUGGUUAAAUGAGAUUUGGAUUCUAAGACUUUUUCGAUGUUUACCUCUAUAAUUGAGAUUGUGUAGCUCAAUUAUCUGUAUAAGUGAGACAAAUUAAUCAGGUCUGAACACGUUUUGACAUGUUUGUUUACAAACAUUUCGCAUCGUCUUCCGCGCAUGCUUUGUUUAUCAGUACUAUCUCAGGUUUUGAUCUUAAAACAAGGAAAUAAAAGUGUACAAAAUGUCUAAACGUAAAUAUAAAACGUUAUCAGUAUCUGAAAAAUUAAAACUUCUAUCAGAUUAUGAUUGUGGAAAGUCGCGUGAUGAACUGUGUAGGGAGAAUAACAUACCAAAGUCAACCCUGUGUAGAAUUAUUCAAAAUAACGAGAAAAUUCGGUCUCAGUGUAUUGAUGGAAAAGGAAAACUCAAACGAAUACGAGCCGCAGAGUAUCCUGAACUUGAAAAGUGUCUCUGUACAUGGAUAAAGCAGGUACGGAAUAAUAACAUUCCAAUAAGCGGACCAAUGAUUAAAGAGAAAGCUGAAGAAUUUGCAAAAAAGCUCCAUUUUGAUAAUUUUUCUGGCAGUAAUGGGUGGUUGGAAGGAUUUAAGAAAAGAAACGAUAUCACAUUCAAAAAUGUUUGUGGCGAGAGCAAUUCUGUGGACAAUAACGAAUGUAAUGAGUGGAUUAAAAACCUUCCAGCUUUAUUACACGAUUAUUCCCCCGAUGACGUAUUCAACGCCGAUGAAGCGGGCUUAUUCUACAAGUGUCUUCCGGAUAAAACAUUUACGUUCAAAGGUCAGCCUUGCCAUGGUGGUAAAUUGAGUAAAGAUCGGGUCACAGUACUUGUAAGUGCAAAUAUGUCUGGGACUGAAAAACUGCCACUUCUUUUAAUUGGAAAAUCUAAGAGCCCAAGAUGCUUCAAGGGUAUUAAAAUGUUGCCUGUUAAUUAUAAAAACAAUAAAAAGGCCUGGAUGACUUCUGAAUUAUUUUCAGAUUGGUUAAAAAAAGUGAACGCCGAUAUGAGGGCCCAAAAACGAAAGAUCAUUAUGUUUGUUGACAACUGCACAGCUCACAACAAUAUGCCCAAAUUAGACUAUGUUACAUUAUUGUACUUACCCGCCAAUACCACAAGUAAAUUACAGCCCAUGGAUCAGGGUAUUAUCAACAACUUUAAGGUUUACUACAGGAAGGAAGUUGUUCAGUAUGUUCUUAAAUCUAUAGAAGAGGAUAAAAGCCCAGAAAUUAACAUCCUCCAGGCCAUGAGAUUUGCGAGAAAAGCUUGGUUUUCUGUUAGCAAAACUACAAUUAGUAAUUGCUUCAAAAAAGCUGGAUUCAAAGUCACGAAUGUAUCUGAACCUGAGAGCCUACAAGAGGAGCCAGAGAUCUGUGAAACUUUUCCAGAAUGGGAUAAAUUAUUUACUGAAUGUAGGAAUGAGCAACAGGCGACUUUUCAGGAUUUCGUUUCUAUGGAUAAUAAUGUACUCAUUUCAGAGGAGCUCAAUGAUGAUGACAUAGUUGCUAUGUAUUCUUCUUUGGACACAGAAGAAGAAGAAGAGGAAGAAGACUGUGAAGAGACUCCAGUGAAAAUUUCAAAGUGUGAGGCAAUGGAAGCUUUAGAAACUUUACACAAGUAUUUCGAAAUGUCAAAUGUUGAUGAUUCUAAUAUUUUUGAUCGAAUUUAUUAUAUCGAGAAACAGGUUUCAGCAACUAGCAAUCAAGUACAAACAACCAUUACCGAUUACUUUAAGUCAUAAUCGUUACAAUAUUGUUUUUUUUUAUAUAUAGUACAAUCAUAUCUACUACAUUAAAUUCUUAACACCAAAAAUACGCAUUUUUAUUAACAUUUCCACGUCUAAUAAAAGAAUAAAGGCACAUUUCUACCUCUGUAAAGGGGCCUCUGUAAAUGAGACAACUAUAAUUUUAAACCUGUUUAAUUGGAAAACUGGAUUAUUGGAAACUCUCAAUAAUUGGUACAUAUGUCUUGGUCCCUUGAGAUCCCAA